UUUUUUUUGAUUAUUUUGGUUAAUAUGGAGCCCUCAAAUCAAAAACUCGUUGAUACAAUAAUUGGACUUGAGGAACAACAAAAGCAAAUAGAAAAAAUUCUUUUAGAGUUUGUGCAGACUGGUUUAGGCGGUUCUUGUUUAAUUUGUGGUCGAAAACGUUCAGGCAAAUCUCUUGUUUUGGAUCAAAUAAUUAAAAGACUCCCAAAUAAUCUCCGAAUUGUAAAUGCUGACGGGGAGAAAUGCAGCAGUUUUGCUGCUAGCGCCAAAAUUUUGCAAAAACACGGACUGGAUAUUGGAAAUUUUGAAGAACAAAAAAAUAAAAAGGAAGCUGGGGAAUCGAAUUCAAAAAUACUUUUUGUCGUUGAUCACUUUGAAAAUUUUGCCAAAAAGAAUAAUCAAGUAUUUUUGUAUAGUCUUUUAAAUGGAUGUCAAAGGCUUCCUUGGUUUGUAAUACUUAUUGGAAAUUUUGAGAAUGGUUUGUCUAUUUUGGAAAAACGUGUCCGUUCAAGACUUUCGAAACUUCAUAUCCACUUUAAUGUUCAACUUUCUAUUGUCGAUUUUAAAUCGGGUUUCUUUCAACUUCUUCAAUGUACUCAAAUAACAAAAAAUAUUAUAAAGAAAAUAGAAACUGAACCUUCUGUCGAUAAAAUGCUACAAAGAUUAUACGAAAGGUUUGGAAUGAUUGCUUGGCUCAAAAAGAUUGUGGCACUUUUUGAAUUUGUUUAUAUAAAAAUUGGAAAAAUGCCUGAUCCUGUUUCAAUUUUAAAUUAUUGUUUGGAAGCCGUUCUAUGUGAAAAUGAACAAAGCAAAUUGCUAAACAAAUUAAGUGUUCGUCAACUUGUAUUAUUAAAUUGUGUUGCUAAAUUGGAUGGAAGAAAUAAUCAAAUUUUUGAAUUUAAUUAUAGAGAAAUUAUUAAUGAAUAUUAUCGUUUUGCUAAUGAAAAUAAAAAUUCGAUGAGAGUAUCUGAUGUUGUUCUUUACAAGGAUUUACAAGAAUUGGUUGAUUUGGAUUUAUUGGUGGUUGCUAAAAAGGUGGAUAAUGGACAACUUCCUUUUAGAAGAGUAAUGUUAAAUAUUGAACAAGAAGCAAUUUCUGAUUGUGCAAAAUUACGAAAAAAAUUAAUCCCGGAGCCUGUAGUUGACUGGUUUAAUUCUGAUUUUUAA